CUCAGUGGCUUUGUUUUCUAUUUAACUUCAAAAAAUAAACCAGAAAGAUCGGACCAUUUACGCACUAGACUUCAAUGACGAUUAAGUAUUUGAUCCUAGCACUUACUAUGAGUAUUGCACUGCGUAAUUGCAGUGCUGUGACUUUGGAUGUUGGAGAUACGCUUCGAUUGGGGGCUUCGCUCGCUGGAAAUCAGAUCCUAAAGUCAAGAAAUGGCACGUUUGCAUUGGGAUUAUUCAGUCCCAGAGGAACCAAUAAUGGGUAUGUUGGCAUCUGGUAUGCACCAGUCUCUCAAAAGGCCAUAGUUUGGGUGGCUAACAGAGAAAAUCCUGUCAGAAACAUGCCCGGCAUUCUUAAAUUUUCCAGAGACGGUCAUCUCAGAUUGUUUGAUAGAAAAGGCCGGUCAGUUUGGUCGACUGAUAUUGGCCUGAAAGGGUCACGAGCCGUAUUAAGGGACUCUGGUAAUUUCAUUGUGCCGGACGCCCACAACAAGUCUGCGAUUGUUUGGGAGAGUUUCGCGCAUCCGACAGAUACGUGGUUGCCUGGCAUGAAGAUGUGGAAAGGCAUGAAGCUUACUUCUUGGAAGAGUUCGGUGGAUCCUGCACCUGGGCUCUUCUCUUUCGGAAUGGACGUGUCUCCAGGAAAGACGCAGACGAUGAUGUUCUAUAACAACAGCAUUCAAUACAGAUCUAGUGGAGAAUCCACUGCCAAUUAUUUUACUAAGGUUCCCGAAUUGGAAGGUCAGAAGAAGUUUGAAGUGUCCUGUGUGAAGCUUUCUUCUUCAAGAAUAUACAUUAAUUUUAGCAUAAACCCGAUAGAUCAUACUCUCACGGGGCGGUUAUUCUUAAAUGAGAACGGCGAAUUACAACUCUACUUCUGGAUGGAUGAUCAUAGAUGGAGUCUGAGGUGGUCGACACACCGAGGUCAAUGCAGCGAAUAUGAAAUCUGCGGGGCGUAUGGAUUGUGCAAUGCGAAUGAUGUGUGCAGUUGUGUGCAGGGCUUCACACCCAAGCACCCAUCUCAAAGCUGGUGGUCAAGCGGGUGUGCUCGGCGAAGACCCCUCCAAUGUUCUGUCACAGGAGGUACAACGGAUGGCUUUUUGGAAGCCAAGAACCAAUCCUUGUCCGAAAAAGAAGCUGUCUUAUACAACGACGAGGCAACACAGCGAGGCUGCCGGACUGCUUGUCUCAACAAUUGCUCCUGCACAGGGUUCGCUUUCCUUAUUUCUGAUCCACCCGUCUGUAGACUGUGGUUUGGGGAUUUAUUCGGAAUGCGCGUUUCAUCCGAGGGCCAAUCCGUCUUCAUUAGGCUCGCUGCUUCUGAGUUGGGGCACUCGAGAUCAGAGCGAAGGAUUAAAGCCCCUGCACUAAGUAUUUUAGUGUCUGUAGCCGCAGCUUUUGCUGCUGUUUCAGCUGUCCUGUUGGCCGCAUUUACUAUGUGGAAACAUCGGAGAUUGUGGAGGACAGAAAUGGAAGAGGAGGUGCCGAUAUCGCUCAAAAAGUUCAGUUACAAAGAGCUGCGAAUUGCAACUAAGAAUUUCAAGCAUAAGCUCGGUAGUGGAGCAUUCGGCUCUGUGUUCAAAGGCACUCUGCCCGACAACACGGCCAUUGCAGUUAAGAGAUUAAAGGGUUCCACACAAGCAGCUGAAAAACAAUUCCGUGCGGAAAUAGUGACCACUGGCAGAAUACAGCAUGUGAAUUUGAUCAGGCUGUGGGGAUUCUGCGUAGAACGUUCAAAAAGGUUACUGGUGUAUGCCUACAUGCCCAACGGCUCUCUAAAUUCCUUCCUCUUCUCUAAGCCGGAAGACGCAGGGAAGGUGUUGGACUGGAAGACGCGGUUUCAGAUCGCACUGGGAACUGCACGAGGAUUACGUUAUCUCCAUGAGGAAUGCAGGGAUCGCAUUAUUCACUGCGAUAUCAAGCCUGAAAACAUUCUCCUCGACAGUGACUUCAGCCCAAGGCUGGCAGAUUUUGGGCUAGCAAAGCUGGUGGGUAGAGAUUUCAGCCGCGUGCAGACAACCAUGAGAGGAACUCCAGGGUACUUGGCUCCAGAGUGGAUCUCCGGACUCCCUAUCACUCCCAAGGUGGACGUUUACAGUUUUGGUAUGACGCUGCUGGAAAUUAUAUCUGGUCGUAGAAAUCUGGACUUGAAGGUUGAGGAGAGCAGAUUCUACUUUCCUAUGUGGGCUUCAUCUCAAAUUCAGAAGGGAAACAUAAUAGACCUUGUAGAUGCAAGGAUAGCAAGUGAAGCGGAUAUGAAAGAGGUGAGAAGAGCCGCUGUGGUGGGAGGGCUGUGCAUUCAAGACGACGACAAUGAGAGGCCGAGCAUGAGUGAAGUGGUGAAGAUCUUGGAAGGCACGAUGGAGGUUCCAGCGUCACAAAUUUCGAGGACUCUAGGGGUACUAGUAGAUCAGAACGAGGACGGCGACAGCGAUAGCUGCGGUCAAUAUCUUUCCAUAUCAAGUGAUUCCAUACUCGCAAAACAGUAGCCAGUUUCAGGUCCCAGUUGCAUAACAGAAGUCCAUUUUUUUCCAUGAAAAUGUGGACCUCAAUAUUUUUGAUGUCUAAGUUCGGAUUACUUUCGAGUCCUCAAUCACUUUGAGCAUAUAGCUUUAGUCUAAGGUCCUAGUUUGUUCAGAAGCGUUGUAAUUGGUGGUAGUUAUGAUUACAAGCGAUUUUAGCUGUUCUUGUGUGAAGUUAUUUUAG